ACUGGAAAUUUUCUAAUAACUGCUGGAGAUUUUUUGGGAGUAAGCAAAACUACAUCAUCAUUAAUUGUUCGUGAUGUCAGUGUUGCAUUAGCAAGACUGCUGCCACGSUUCAUAAAAAUGCCAGACACAGAAUUAGAAAUAAAUACAUUACAGAACCGUUUUUAUGAUAUCGCUAAAUUCCCUAGAGUUAUUGGUGCUAUUGAUUGCACUCAUGUAAAAAUAMAAAAUCCAGGUGGAGAUAAUGCUGAAUACUUCAGAAAUAGAAAAGGAUAUUUUUCAUUAAAUGUCCAAACUAUUGCUUGUCCUAACUUAAAAAUUAUGGAUAUUGUAGCUCGUUGGCCCGGGUCUUGCCAUGAUCAAACAAUAUUUAAAAAAUCAAAGGUAUAUACCCAAUUAAUCAGUGGCAAAUGGGGAAAUGGUUUGAUUGUAGCAGACAGUGGUUAUGCUAAUUCUCGUCACAUUGUCACACCUUUCAUUAAUCCUCAAAAUCGCAUUGAACAGCUGUACAACGAAUCAAUUAUAAGAACUAGAAAUCCUGUAGAAAGGUCAUAUGGAGUUCUAAAACGCAGAUUUCCAGUAUUAUCUUUAGGAUUACGGUUAAAGUUAGAAACAACUCAGGCAGUUAUUGUUGCUUGCUGUGUUUUACACAACAUUGCUUGUGACAACAAUGAUCUAGAUCCACCAGAAUUGUUAGAUUUAUUUUUACCAGAAAAUGAAAAUAUAAAUAUAAUAGAAGAAGUGAUCGAAGAAGGAAAUGCAAGACAACAAUUGCAUAUUUUAAUAAUAGUUCUUUUUCCUCAAAGGAAAAGUUAG